AUGACAAUUACUACAGCAUCUGUACCAGAAGAAUUGAAAACUGAUAAAUCGGUGACACCAUUCAUCAUAAGAUCAAUUGAAUUAUCUCAAGCCAACCCUAUUGUUAGUUAUUAUUGUAAAAUAUACGUUUUGGAACAUAUUUUAACUAAUAAAUUACAUACAACUUCAAAAGAAAUUGAAUUAUUUACAAUUGAACUAUUAGAUGACACUGAAUCGAUUAAGAAUAAUACUGAAGAUGAAGAUUUCCAUAAGAUUUUAAAUAAUAAACAAUUAUCACUUAAUGUAGCAUUAUCAUUUACUUAUAAAUUAUUUAAUUCAUGUCUUGAAACAUUACUGAAUUUAACUUCAUCAAAACAACAACAAUCAGCAUUAAUAAGUAAAAUGAAGGCAACUUUGAAUUUUUUGAGUUUGUUGGCCGUUUUCAAAUCCCUGGAAGAUAUUGAUUGGGAGAAAAUAAGUGGUGGUAAAGCCAAUGAUUGGGAUAGUUUUGAUAAAUUAAAUAAGGAAAAAAUUAAGAUUUUGAAAUAUCAAUUAUCGAGAUUGUUAAAGGGGGAGAUUCAAGUUAAGGAUGAAUUGAAUGAUGAAGAAUUGGAGAAAGAGUUGGAUAAAGAAUUGGAAGAAAUAAGUGGUGAAGACGUUGAACCAGAACACCAUGAGCAAUCUGGAAUUGAAAAAGAAACUACUGAAGAGAUAAAUUUACCAGGAGCACCUAAUGAUAUGCCGAAGUUUAUUGAAGAAAAAGAUGAACACAGCCCACAAUUGCCACGGGCACCAUCUACUUUAAAUGAGUCGAACAAAGGAGAAGAAGAAGAUAACGAUAAUGACGAUUCAGUGAAAUUGCCCGGUGUACCCCAUUUCCCACCCGAUGAAGAAGAUGACACGGUUAAAUUACCAGGAGCACCGAAAUAUUUACCAGACGAUGAUUUAUCACAUAUCAACAAAUCGUCAACAAUUCAAGUAUUCCCACCUACUGAUGGAACUCAAAAGAAAUCAGAUUCACCAAUUAAAAAACCAUCUGCUACAAAACAUCACCCACCAUUAACAAAAGAAGGCAUUAAACAAAUAUUGAAUCGAGAUGACACUAUUACUCAAGUGCAAAAGCAUGCUAAAUUUGCUCAAUCGGCAUUACAGUUUGAAGAUUUUAGUGAAGCGGAAAAACAACUAACACAAGGAUUGGAGUUGUUGAAAAUAUUAAGAAAACAAGAAGAAGAAGAAGGAAAUUAA